AUGGCACAAUUAGCUGAUAAGGUUCGACAUAUCGAACGCUUGAAAGCCGAAAAGACCAAAAUCGGUCGAUACCAUAAGAAAGAGAAAGUGUCUUAUAUAGCAGUUGAUGAAUACUCUUAUGACGAUGAAGAGUUUGUCGACAAAAGCGAGGUCAACAUGGGUGAGCUCAAGCAUGGACCUCCUUACACAUGUAAAGUAUUAAAACCAUCAAACGAGAAAAGUCCCAUCGAAGCAGAAAAAAUAGAUAAAUAUGUUGCUAGAACUUACAUGUUCGAUGUGUCUAAGUGUGACGAGAUAUUUGAUUUGUUAGUUAAAGAUGGUCAAAUUAUUAUUCCUCGGGGUUUAAAGGAACCCCCCUUUAGAACAGAAAAAGAAAAGGGGAUUUUGGAUUUGGUGCAGAAAGCUUUAAAAGAAGGCAAGCUUCAAUUUGGUGAAAGGCCAAAGAUGCAAGUGGACUCAGAUCCUAUGAAGGUUGAAGAAGCCUUGUACUAUGAACCUUUUGAAUGCAUGAUGGUGGAGUCUACUGAUGGUCCCAUGGAGCCCCUGGCUGCUGAGUCUCUAGAUGAAUCAUUUGAGUGUAUGAUUGUUGAAACUACUGACGGUUUCGACAAGAGAACUGAAGAUGAACUAGAGGUGGUUUAUCCUUAA